AUGGCAACCGCCAUGCCAGAUGAACCGGACCGGGAGAUAUCCGAGAACACGCCUCUGCUCACGCAGGCGGAGGACGAGGAUGUCGUCGAGCAAGAGCAGGAUCCGAGAGACCUAUACCGGACCAGUGUCUUAGUUUUGUGCUUCAUCAUCAUGUUCCUGCUGUCCUUUUCUCUCAAUAUCUGCACCCCAGCCUGGAAUGCCAUAAUGGAGGCUAUAAUAUGCGGCGAACUCAACCCUGAGAUCUCGGAUCAGCUCACCUUUACCGACGAGAACCCAAUUUGCAAGGGCCCCGACGUCCAAGGGAGACUCGCCAUGCUCAGAGGCUGGUCUGCCACUAUCGAGUGCAUUCCAGGUAUCUUCCUUGCUAUGCCUUUGGGCUUGCUGGCAGACAAAUGGGGUCGCCGCCCGGUGCUGUUUCUGUCCUUCCUGGGGACAUUCCUCAUGUUCCUCUGGUAUGAAGUCGUUUUCCUUUUUGGUUGGCCUGUAUGGGUCGUCCUGCUUGGGCCGCUUUGGAUGGUCGUGGGAGGCUCAUCCGCCGUGGGUGUAUCCAUGCUGUACACAUAUCUUGCAGAUGUCAGCCAUCCCGAUGAGCUGGCAUCUUGGCUGUUCCGCUUCGCAUCCAUAUUCCUGAUCGGAGAGCUUCUGGCAACGCCACUCUCGGGCUUUCUUCUGUCAUUUAAUGCUUGGUACCCGCUCAUCGUGGGCAUUGCCUGCUUUGCUUUCAGCCUGAUACUCAUCCUGUUCCUGCCGGAGACGCUGGUCAUCCGGCAAUGGCAUGACGCUAAGUCGGGACGCACCCCUAGCACGUCUCCCGACCGGUCAGGCGAGCAUGCCAAGAAGACGAAGUGGCAGAAGGCUGUCGAAUUGAUGCGUGAGCAAGCCGAUGACAUUACGAAGUUCAUUUGGGGAAACAAGCGAGUCGUGCUCCUCAUCUUCCCCCUUGUAUUCAUGAUUCUCGGAAAGUUCGUACAGGAACUCCUCCUUCAGUACGCUACGAAGCGUUACAACUGGACCUGGAGCCGGGCUGCAUACCUUGUGACCAUCAAGAGCGCCAGUUUCUUGAUACUCAUGAUCGCGAUCUUACCGGCUGUCAGCCUCUUUUGCCUGAAGGUUCUGAAGAUGUCGCCCAUGUCCAAGGACCUGUGGCUUAGUCGCUGGUCUGGAGUCCUACUCGUCAUCGGGGCCCUGUUCAUCGCCUUUGCGGCGAGCCCUUUCCUAAUGGCGAUUGGCCUCAUUUUCAUGUCUGCCGGAUCUGGAUACGCCUCACUUCUGCGCAGUCUGCUCAACUCCCUCGUGGAGCCGCACCACGUCGCCACUGUGAACACGCUCAUCGGUUUCAUCGACACGGUCGGGCUGAUGGUCAUCAGCCCCGUGCUGUCGCAGGCGCUCCGGACGGGCGUCAACCUCGGCGGCGCGUGGAUCGGGCUGCCGUUCAUGGUCGCCUCGCUCCUGUUCAUCGUCUCCACCGGUAUUGUCUUUGCUUUCAAGCUGCCGCCGCAGCCCGCGGGCCGACAGCAACAGUCCGCCUAA